AUGAGCAAGUCGACUUUUCGGCCUACGGCCAGGGACAAUGUUCUUUCCAGACGUGAAAUCGAGGGCAUGAUUGCCGAUGAGAAGUACAUUAUCAUCCUCGAUGGUAAAGUUCUUAAACUGGAUUGUUGGGUCAAAUUUCACCCUGGUGGUCCCCUAGCAAUCAAGCACAUGAUAGGCAGAGAUGCCACGGAUGAAGUGAAUGCACUACACUCACAGGAAGCGCUUCAGAGCAUGAAAAAAUUCCAAAUCGGGUCAAUUGAGGGAACAUGGACAAAUUUCCUUCCUCCCAUUCAAGGUGGUCACUUUCGCCCUUAUAACGAACUCGAGGUAGAGUCUGAGGAAGACAUGAUUUCAAACUCUGAUCUCUCCAGCGAGGAGUGCUCACCUCCACCAUCUCCGCUCUUCGAAGCAGCCGACCACACUUUAAGACAUCGGGUGUCGAGAUCUACCAUAUCUUCCGUGGUCAGCACCACCCCUCCCCCCGAGGAAACCAACAAAGGACUCGGAGGAUAUGUCAUGGACGCUCGCACACAGGACGAGAUUUUGUUAGAUUCCUCCAAGUACCCUCCUAUCACUAGUGAAGAGCAACUAAAAAUCACCCACAAAUAUCGCCAGCUCAAUGAGCGUAUUCGUGCAGCUGGACUGUACAAUUGCAACUACUCUGCUUACGCCAUUGAGAUAUCUCGAUACAGCCUUCUUUUUGGUCUCUUUGUCUUCUUUUUACAACGAUCUUGGUUUUGCCUAUCAGCCUUUUUCCUAGGAUGCUUCUGGCAUCAGCUAGUGUUCUCUGCCCAUGAUGCUGGCCACAUGGGUAUCACACAUGACUUUCAAAUCGACACUACUAUUGGAAUGAUCAUUGCCAAUCACCUUGGCGGACUCAGCCUUGGAUGGUGGAAGCGAAGCCACAAUGUCCACCAUAUCAUGACUAAUGCCCCAGAGCAUGAUCCUGAUAUUGAACUGAUGCCAUUCUUCGCUCUAUCACACCGUUUCUUCGGCAAUCUACGCAGCACAUACUACGACAGAGUUAUGGAAUACGACGUGGUAUCUCGAGCAGUCGUCAAGUAUCAGCAUUAUCUAUACUAUCCGAUUCUACUCUUUGGCCGCUUCAAUCUCUAUUUUUUGAGCUGGGAGCAUAUCAUCGUGGGCCGUAGCCCCCAACACGGCGCUGGUUGGUGGCACCGUUGGUUUGAGCUUUCUGGCCAAGUAUUCUUCUGGACAUGGUUUGGCUACGGAGUUGUUUAUCUCAGUAUUCCCAGCUGGUGGAGCCGUAUCGCCUUCGUGUUGAUCUCCCAUAUGGUUACUGCACCGUUACAUGUGCAGAUUACGCUUUCUCACUAUGCCAUGUCUACAGCCGACCUCGGUCCUCUAGAGUCAUUUCCUCAGAAGAUGCUUCGGACAACGAUGGACGUCGACUGUCCGCAAUGGCUGGACUUCUUCCAUGGCGGACUCCAAUUCCAGGCAAUUCAUCAUUUGUAUCCUCGUAUCCCUCGUCAUAACCUUCGCAAGACGCAGAAAUAUGUCCAGGAGUUUUGUGAAGAUGUGAACAUCCCAUAUGCUGUAUUUACAUUCUACGAUGGUAACAAAGAAGUUAUCAGUCGACUCGGGCAUGUCGCUAAGCAGGCAAGAAUUUUGGAAGAGUGUCGAAAGGCGUGCGCGGAACAAGGUGUCUUCGCAGAUCACCAUUCUCACUGA